GUGAUCACAUUUUCCUUGUGUCCAUAAGUGGAAUAAUUGUUUGCUAUGGAUGUGAAGGGAAAUUAAAAGGAGAGCGAGAGAGAGUGACAACUUUAAAUAUGAAUCUACGUGAAGAAAGGGAUUAAUAGGAAUAUACAGCGUCUUUUGUUGGUUGGUGAAUAUAUAUACUUAAAUCGAUCAUAAACGUAUUCCUUAUGUUACAUUCUUUAUUAAUCGGUUCGUAGGUAAAUGUCUAAUGUCAAUGAAUUUUUGCAUAUCUUUAAGAGCACUCAAAUUUGACACUGCAGCUAAAGUUCCCAACACUGGCACACACACACACUCUCUCUAAAGAGGUGAAACGUCCUAAGAAGAAUCAGAUUGCCCCGUCUCCACUCUUGCCACCACCUUUUCCCCUCCAUCUUUUUGUUAGUAAAGUUUUAGCCUUUCAUGUAUAAUAAUGAUACCCUUUUAAUUGCUUAAUCAGGGUCAAGUGCAAUUAAUCAUUUUUAACCCCUACACCAAAAGAAGUCUCCCCAGCUAGGCCGCAUUUAUUCCUUUGUACAUCGUAUUACGAGAGCAUAGCCAAACGUGACCUCCAAGCAAUCUUUCCUAUUUGAUCUAGACUAUCCCUUUUAUUUCUCACUUUUCUUUUUGGGGGCUAUAUAUCCUCUCUCUCUCUCUCUCUCCGUGAACAGGAGCCAACCAGUUCGGAAAUCAAACACGGUUCAAUCAUUGAAUCAUAACAUAGAGAACACAUACAGAAGAAAGGAAAAAGUGGGAACCUGGUAUGAUUAAAUUCUCUCUCUUCGAGCAACCAGAAGGUGAUUCAGAAUAAACGAGUCCUCAAAGAGACAAGCAACUAGCUUUACCUUUCUUCACCCUUUUUCAUCUCAAUUUUUUCCUUACUUUUUAAUAUUUUAUUAGGGAACUAGCUGAUAUUGUAGAAGCGUUUGAAAGAAAAAGGGUUCUGUGUUGUGAUAUAUGUGCAAAGGAAAUUAACACAGAAAGAUGACAUGGUGCAAUAAUGACUCUGAUGAGGAGAGGGGAAUGGAAUCAAUCACGCCAAUUAUUACUCGUGACACUGUUGUUACUGACAUAAAACUCACCGAAGAAAUUCGAACUAUAACAUGUCCCUCAUGCGGCCAUAACAUUGAAUUCAAAGAUCAGGGUGGAAUUCAUGACUUGCCGGGGUUACCAGCUGGAGUGAAGUUUGAUCCGAAUGACCAAGAAAUAAUAGAACAUUUGGAGGCAAAAGUGGCAUCUGAUGUGUGCAAGCUUCAUCCCCUAAUUGAUGAGUUCAUACCAACGCUUGAAGGCGAGAAUGGGAUUUGUUAUACACACCCAGAAAAGCUACCAGGAGUUAGCAAAGAUGGACAGAUACGGCACUUCUUUCAUAGGCCUUCAAAAGCAUACACAACUGGAACAAGGAAAAGAAGAAAGGUUCACACUGAUGAUGAAGGAAGUGAAACAAGAUGGCACAAAACGGGAAAAACGAGAGCAGUUUUUGCAGCUGGUGGUGCAGUAAAAGGUUUUAAAAAAAUACUAGUACUCUACACCAACUAUGGUAGGCAAAAGAAGCCUGAGAAGACUAAUUGGGUGAUGCAUCAAUACCAUCUUGGCAGUAAUGAAGAAGAGAAAGAUGGAGAACUAGUUGUUUCAAAGGUAUUCUACCAGACACAACCUAGACAAUGUGGUAAUUCCAUCAUAAUAAGGGAUCCUUACGAAAAAAUAUUGAAUGAUGGAAAUGACCACGACAACAAUACAACACCAACACCUAAAAAUGCAAGUCUUGUUGACUGCUACAGUGCUCCUUACAUAAAUUAUGAUAAUGUCCAUGUGGGUCAUAAUAGAGAAAGCUGCCCACAACUAGUUAUUCCAAACUCGGUUGUCCAAGUUGAUGGCCCCUUUUUUCGCUUAGCAAUGGAUCCAAACAAAGCAAGAUUGGAAAGUAACACUGAGAAGAGCUUCUUGUUAGAGUAGCACUAAUGACAAUGAUUACACAGGUGUCCAUUGUUUCAAUUACUAAUUAAUUAACAGUAUUUAUAUGUGGGAAUAUUAGAAUGAAGGAGUUCCAAGGUUGAUGGAAUAAGAUGGCUUCCUUAGCUUAUUGAGAUACAUAUGGUGGUGGCUGGACUUUCCCAUAAUUGACCCUGAUCAACGAAGUUAAUCUGAGAGGCAAGGAAGGUAUUUGUGGUACUGUUGUUGUUUGAUUUUAGCUUUAGUACAGGUACAUUCGUAAAAUCUUUUCCCCAUGUGUUUAUAGAUAUUACAAUAGUAGGGUUAGCGUUUAUUGACUAUUCAUCAGUAUGAAUUGAAUGUAUAUUAUGUUAUGCCUAGAAUUGAGUUCUCCCAAGUCCAACUGCCCCCAAUAAAAAUAAAUUGAAAACUUGUUUCAUUCUUUGUAUUGUAUAUAUCUCAGCAACUUUGCUGGGAAGUUUGUCCCUAGUAGUUUCUUUUUCUUUU